CUACUGGGUAUAGUGUCGUGUUCUUAAUUAACCAGUUAACUAUUCUCGUCAUUCCAGUUACCGGACGACAAAAUGGCGAAGCUUUUAGGAAUCUGUGUCCUUCUUGCCUAUCUCACAGGUGUGACUGCUGAAUUAUGUACUGCAGCAUACAGCUACUACUACAGCUACUACUACUACUACUACACCUACUACAUCAAAUGUGACGAUGGUUGUUGUGGCUAUUAUUAUGACCGGGAAUGCUGUGCCUCAUCAAGUGGUACCAUUGCCGGAGCAGUUAUUGGCGGUAUUUUUUUCAUCGCCUUCAUCGUCGUCUUUAUCAUCGUCAUCAAGGCCUGUAACAAGAAAAGGACUGGUGUUAUUGUCGCAGGGCAAACUGGUGGAAAUGGAAACGUCACGGUCGUUAACAGUACCACCCAACAGCAAAUGCAACAACAGCCUUACGGAGCCUAUCCCCAGCCGGCUUAUCCUCCUCCUCCACAGUAUGGGGGACAACCUCAACCAUAUGGGGCUUAUCCACAACCAGCAUAUGGGGGCCCUCCUCCUCCACCAUAUGGAGCCCAACCUCAGCCACAUGGGGGGCAAGCCGGACCGGCUUAUCCACCUCAACCAGCAGUAAACCAUCCCAAUCAACACCAGAGGUACUAACUUAGAACAAGCAA